GGGAGCGGGCCCGCGGGGGCAGCGCUGGGGCCGUGCUGGGUUUGACCUGCAGAGCCCCGGAGGCCGCGCUAUGCUCGGGGCCCGAGGCCUGCUCCGAGCCCUGCGCUCCUGCUCCACUGUUUCCUGCCCGAGGCCGAGAGCGUCUGUCAAACUGAGCGUGCGGGACGCCCUCAGGUCCCACGGCGCCCUUGGGGAGCGCGUUAAGGUCCAGGGAUGGAUUCGCUCAACACGAUCCCAGAAGGAAGUCCUGUUCCUACAUAUAAAUGAUGGAUCCUCUUUGGAAAGCCUGCAAGUUGUUGCUGAUUCAAGCUUUGACAAUAGAGAAUUGACUUUUGGGAGUUCUGUGGAAGUCCAGGGGCAGUUGGUAAAAAGUCCAGCCAAAAGACAAAAUGUGGAAUUAAAAGCAGAAAAAAUUGAAGUUAUUGGAAAUUGUGAUGCCAAGGCAUUUCCUAUCAAAUAUAAAGAGAAGCAUCCUCUGGAGUACUUGAGACAAUAUCCUCACCUUAGAUGUAGGACUAAUGUGCUAGGUUCUAUAUUGAGGGUUCGCAGUGAAGCCACAGCUGCUAUUCAUUCCUUCUUUAAGGACAGUGGUUUUGUGCACAUUCAUACCCCAAUAAUUACAUCCAAUGACUGUGAGGGAGCCGGAGAGCUUUUUUGUGUUGAGCCUUUAAGCAAAAUAAAUGUACCCAAGGGGAAGUUCUUCGAUGUUCCUGCUUUCUUAACUGUCUCGGGACAACUUCAUCUUGAAGUGAUGGCAGGAGCUUUUACUCAAGUGUUUACUUUUGGCCCAACAUUUCGAGCUGAGAACUCCCAGAGCCGUAGACACCUGGCAGAGUUUUAUAUGGUAGAAGCAGAGAUUUCUUUUGUUGAGACCCUUCAGGAUCUCAUGCAGGUUAUGGAGGAACUCUUCAAGACUACAACAACAAUGAUUCUUUCAAAUUGUCCUGAAGAUGUUGAACUCUGUCACAAAUACAUAGAUCCUGGCCAAAAGGACAGAUUAGAACACAUGCUAAAAAACAACUUCUUAACCAUUUCUUAUACAGAAGCAGUAGAGAUCUUAAAGCAAGCAUCCCAGAACUUCACCUUCACUCCUGAGUGGGGUGCUGAUCUACAAACUGAACAUGAGAAAUACUUAGUACAGCACUGUGGUAACAUACCUGUCUUCAUCAUUAAUUAUCCACGAGCACUCAAGCCUUUCUACAUGCGGGAUAACGAAGAUGGCCCCCAGCACACAGUUGCUGCUGUUGAUCUUCUGGUACCUGGGGUAGGAGAGCUCUUUGGAGGCAGCCUCAGGGAGGAGCGGUACCAUUUCUUAGAGCAACAACUGGCCAGAUCAGGACUUACAGAAGCUUACCAAUGGUAUUUGGACCUUCGUCAAUUUGGAUCUGUGCCACAUGGAGGUUUUGGGAUGGGAUUUGAACGCUACUUACAGUGCAUCUUGGGAAUCGCCAAUAUCAAAGAUGUUAUCCCUUUUCCAAGAUUUACUCAUUCCUGUCUUUUAUAGCUAAAAAGGUGGUUAAGGAAAAGUUCCCUGUGGCAAAGUCACUGCAUCAGAAUAUGCAUACAGAAGUCUGCAUUAUUGAGCUAUAGAAAUGCUGAUUUCAAUAUAUAAUUAUUGUUCCAUAAGAUGUAACAUAAGAAAAAUAAAAUCAUGACUUUUUUAGGAAGUCAAAAGUAUUUCAUCAGAUAAUUAACUCCCCCAGGAGAAGAUCUUCUAGCAAGUGGACAUUCAAAUCUAUUAUCUUGAUUAAGAAAAUAUGUAGCUGAGCCUACAUAUUAGGCCUACUGUCCCAGCCACUCCAGAAGCUGUGACUGAAGGAUCACUUGAGCCUAGAAGUUCAAGGACAUCCUGGACAACACAGUGAGCCCCAUCUCAAAAAGGAACAAAGGAGAAGGAAGGAAGGAAGCAAGGGAGGGAGGGAGGGAAAGUAAGGAGGGAGGAAGGAAGGAA